AUGGUAGUGUGUUCCCGGUGCUGCAAGCUUCUUUUCCCGGAACGGACACUUCGCAACCCGGUGUGGUUUUAGGUGCACCGGGUGUCAGAGAGCAGCCCGCCUCACUGCGCACGGAUUUCACUGGUUUUCUGCCAUGCAUCCGCAUUGGGGGAUUACGGGUCAUACAGCCUGUGCUUGUUAUUUAAUUUUGCUUUGAUGUGUGAUCAUUUCACCAUGUAUUUUCCUGAUUUAUCAGACAUAUUCACAGACAAAAGAUCUGGUUGCUGGCAGCUGUACGCACUGCCUACCUGUGUCACAUCUUCAUUCACAUCUCUGCUUGCAAGCUUGUAGGGUUUUAGUCUUCCUUUUUUUUUUUUUUUGCAAGGCAUCACACAGAAAUGCCUCUCCAAGGCUGGCUGCUGACAUACCGCCAGCCGUCCUAAACCACCGUCAGGAUCGACAUGGAUAGUGGGAGCCGGGCUGAGACGGUCGGGGACGGUGCAGCCAAUUUCACAGCAGCCCACCUCUGGCUGGAUCUCCUGAACGCCUCGAGCCCGCCGACAAGCUGGGACAGCAGUCCACCUGCCGGCUCGGUGACCGGGCUGGAGGAGCAGCAGCGCCUCAUCCGAGAGCAAGCCUACCGGGACUUCACCACCACCAUCCAGGUCUUCAUCCUCAUAGGUUCGCUGCUCGGAAAUGCCACGGUGUUGUGGUGCACCUGCUGCACCAACGUCUUUAAAACCGUGACCAACCGGUUCAUCAAGAACCUGGCGUGCUCGGGCAUCUGCGCCGGCCUGGUGUGCGUGCCCUUCGACGUGGCCCUGGGAGCCAGCCCUCGCUGCUGCUGGUGGCUUCACACUCUGGUGCUCUGCAAGGCCAUCAAGUUCCUCCAUAAGCUGUUCUGCUCCGUCACUGUGCUCAGCUUCAGCGCCAUCGCACUCGACAGAUACUACUCCGUGCUGUAUCCGCUGGAGAGGAAGAUCUCAGACGCAAGAUCCCGAGAUCUUGUCAUCUAUAUCUGGGUCCACGCGACGGUGGCGAGCCUCCCUGUUUUCGCUGUGACCAACGUGACGGAUGUGUACGUCACCUCGUCCUGCUCCGACGACCACGCCCGCUCCCUGGGCCACAUGGUCUACGUGCUGAUCUACAACGUCACCACGUUGAUCCUCCCACUUGCUCUGGUCUUCCUCUUCAUGCUGCUGAUCCGCAGAGCUCUCAGCGCCAGCCAGAAGAAGAAGGUGAUAAUCGCGGCGCUGCGGACUCCCCAGAACAGCAUCUCCAUCCCGUACGUGUCCCAGAGAGAGGCCGAGCUGCACGCCACUCUGCUGGCUGUGGUGCUGGCGUUCUCAGCCUGCAGUGCCCCCUAUGGAGCCUUAGUAGUUUAUCGCACCAUUUUGGCGGACACAACCCAAGAGCUGCCCAUCGCGCUGUAUCUGACGGCUCUCUGGCUGCCCAAAGUGUCCCUGCUCACAAACCCGGUCUUGUUUCUGACCGUUAACCGAUCAGCGCGUCACAGCUGGCUGGACCUGCUGGCGAGGAUUCACAGACGAUACAGCCGGCGUAACGUGGUCAGCACCGGGGGGCUGGCCUCUUUAGGGGCAGAGGUCGGGAUCGGGGAGCCGGUGGGGCUGGAGACGGCCGGGCGCUCUGGGAGCCAGCUCCUGGAGAUGUUUAACAUCGGGCAGCAACAGAUCUUCAGGCCCUCGGAGGAGGAAGGUGAAGAAGAGGAGGUGGAGAACGAGGUCCCGUCUCAAGCAUCAGCGGGCUGCUCUGGACCCAAAGAGGACCUCAAGGGUGGGUCGAGACUGGGGAGCCUCAGGGGCGAGGUGAUCACCAAAAAGGACCCUCUGCAGGGGACGGGGGGCGGGCUAGUCAUCACCAAAGACUGCCCUCCAUCAAUCAUAGCACCCCGGGCCUCUCCGGUCCACACGUGUGCUUACGCCUCUUCGUCUCAGGUGGCACCAGCGACACCAGCAACACCGAUAGAAGCUGAGGACUCCACGCAGUUUGGGUUUGGACCCUUCGAGCUGCCACCCCAGUGGUUACCAGAAACCAGGAACAGCAAGAAGAGGCUGCUGCCUCCGCUGGGGAACACACCCGAGGAGCUGAUCCAGACCAAGCUGCCAAGGCCGCGGCCCGAACGGAGAAUCAGCAGGAACAACAAGGUCAGCACCAUCCCCACUGUGGACCCCUGAACAGUCCCUGCUGGCCUCUGAUCUGCAACACUGGACACAACUCAUCACAGGGACGGCCUCCUGGGUCGGUCAGUCCUUGGCAGAUUAUUGAUGCGUUGAGCUGCUUGGUGAGAGGUUUACUUUCUACUGGUUGAAACCAUAGAAAUAGAAUAAGACUAGAAUGGACAGUCCCAUUCAAAUCACAGCAGGAUGGUCAGAGAAACAUUUUUUGUGUGAAUUUUUGCCUUGGUAACCCGUUGUAGCAGGCUAAUCUCUCUAUAAACUUAUAGAAGUUCAAACAAACUCGUGGCAAGUUGCAAAAUCACUGUGGGAAGGUUUUGCACUGGCGACCUAACAAGCAGUGGAGCUGAAUGAAGUGUGAAGAGCUAGCUGCUAAAGUAGUGAAAUAGUACAUUGCUAGUGACAACUUUGUUCGGCUCAUUUCCUGUAACCAGUGUAGCAUCAAAGCAUGGUGGAAACAGCACGCUAGCUAACUAACCAGCCGUCGCAAGUUAGCUGUCGUCUUCCUUUGGAACUUUGAGAAGAAAGCAAACCAAUUGAGUAGAAAUAGCAUUUCUUUUGAAUGAAACAUUCAGCUUUCAAACAUUUAAAUAGAACAAAUAAAAAGUCAGAACUGUAAGAGUUAUACAUAAGGUGAAAAGGUGUAGGAAGGUGGUAUAUAUCACUAAUUCUACUAAUUUUAGUUUUAUUGCUGAGGGACCUCCCAAACGCAGCAUUGCUGAGUUCUGACUUCUUGACUUUCAAAGUUGUCACAUGGAUGUGCUGUUCACUCGACACAACAUGUUGUAAUGUGACUGGCCACCAACAGACACAGUCACAUGCUGCACGAUCUUUCACCAGGAGGAAUCACUGAUGAGUAUUUGUGUGAUGAGCAGUCUGUGGGGGGUGUGGGUUGACCUGUAGGUUGGGUGGGUUUGAGCUAAUUACAAAAUAUCAAUGGUUUGAGCGGGCGGGACAAAAAGAGACAAAGCAGCUUUCUGAAUAAAUUUACUACAGAAGCAUUGUGUACAAUUAUCUCUUUAUCUGCCCAUCUUCCCUUUCUCUCAUUUCUCUCUCUCAAACAGAAAAAACACUCAUUCUCUUAAUUUAGUCUCUCUUAAAAACACACCCCAUCACCACUACGAUGCUCAAUAUCUCUUCUUUCAACCCGUGUGCUGUCAUUGGCUAUAGAUCCCAGACAGAUCU